AUGGAGCCGGUCGGGCUAGCAGUCGGCCUUGUCGGCCUAUUCAGCACCUACAUGGAUGUGAUGCAGCGGGUUGACUCGUACAGAACCGCUGGCCGCGACUCGCGACAGCUCGACGCUCAGCUUCAUGCGACCAUGCAUCUCUUGGAGCGAUGGGGUGACGGUGUAGGAAUCAGUAAGGGCAAGCUCUCGGAUAAUCAUCACUCAGAUCUCGACAACCCGCGCACAUUUGCAGUGGUUCAGGGUCUGUUGAACAGCAUCAAGGACUUCUCGGCAGUGUCGAAUGACCCACCUAGCCCCAAAGGCCUCCAGAAGACUCCAUCGUUUCCAAUAUCAGGAGAUGUGUCGGCUCAUGGCUCCAAGAUCUCGAGGUGGCAAAAGACAGCAUGGGCACUGCGCGGAAAACUGAAGCAGACAAGCCAUGUCCAAACACUUGCGGGCCUCGUAUCAGAUCUCUAUAACGUUGUAUCCCCCGAUACUACGGGAUCAAAAGCCUUGACACGAACUCCAAGCUUUAAGAAUCUAUCGAUAAGCGCAGGCGAGCAACCAUAUGCUGUCGAGAUUCGGGAACUGCUGCAGAAGAUUGAGGAGGAGAUGGAAGCUGAUAAAAUGCGUGAUCUGCAUCUGUGGCUUGGAGCUCCGCCGCCAAAUGAUGUAUUUAGCGACUCAAACGAUAAGCGUGUUGAAGACACGUGUGAAUGGAUCCUUCAUCGGGAUGAAUUCCUCGAGUGGCAGAAACCUUCUUCCUCUAGCAAAUUACUCUGGAUCAAAGGCCCAGCUGGAUUUGGGAAGACGGUCCUGUGCGCCAGAAUCGUUCAAGAGCUCGAAAGAACGACACAGGAUCGCGUCGCAUAUUUUUUCCUAUCGUCAAGAUACGAUGGCCGCGACGAUCCUUUCUCAGUCAUCCGAGCAUGGCAUGAGUCACGAGCUAGCCAGGCAACCAUACUACGAGCUUUCCGCGAAGUUACCGUGGGUGUUCCAGGCUGGAUUCUUAUUCUGGACGGGUUGGAUGAAUGCACUGGGAUGGCAAAUACAUAUACAAAGUCCGUCCCUCAUUUCCUCGAGAAAUUGCGGAUAGCUAUCACCGACACUGCCACCAAAAUCCUCAUCUCAAGCCGUGGCGAUGCUAUCAUUCAGCAAGGUCUUUCAGAGUUCACUGGAUAUAGCGAAUAUACCAUCAUUCCGGAGGAUGUUGGGCCAGAUCUAAUGGCAUACUCAUCUGAAAUUGUCAGAGCCAAGUUACCAAAUAAGGACGAGCCAACGAGAGCCUCUAUUGCUCAAAAGAUGAAAACCAGAAGCGAGGGCCAGUUCCAGUGGGUUAAGCUUCAAGAAGGAUCCCUGAGAAAGGGACGGAGCAGAAAGCAACUUGAACGAGAAAUUGAUGAAACUCCGUCUGGCCUUGACAGUCUCUACGACCGGGAAUGGAAUAGGAUCAACUCGUUGGGGGAACUGGAUAAAGAUCGAGCACUUUCAUUGCUGCGAUGGACCGCGUUCGCGAUGACACCGUUGACAGUGUACCAGAUUACGGAAGCUGUGCUCAUUACAGAAGGCAUGGAAGAGUUCCCGUUCGAAGAGAUGCCAGAUUGUGUCGAUCAGGAUUAUGUCGACAGUAUGAUCCUAGAGUUAUGCGGAUCAUUGAUUGAAGUCCGGCACGUUUCAUCGUCCGAGAAUAUUGAGCACCCCGAACAUAUUCGGGACUCAGAAGAGGAUUCUAUCGGCUUACAAGAAGUUCACUUGUCACACUUCUCUGUCAAGGAAUAUCUCCUCCUCAAGACCUUUCCCGGCACCAACACUUUGCUCUCAAAUGAGAAACUCCGCGUCGCCAACCUAAAUGUCCACAAUAAUACUCUUGCGAAACAUUGCCUUCGAUUCAUAAACCUCCCUGGAGCUUUUAAACACAUAAAGAUGAACAACAAUGAACGAUUAGCAAAGCACUUCCUGCUCUAUGCUGUGGGUGAAUGCUUUGAUCAUUGCCGAGCCGCCAAGGCUAUCGACCUGGACUUACAACAGGCACUGAUUGCUCUCCUCGAUAGUCGAAACGAGAACUGGCCCUUUCUGAAAGAGUUCAUUGAGAUCGGGCUAGUAAGUGAAAGCCCCGACUUUCAAGGCAGUUCAGUAAGCCCAUUUUUACUUGCACUCUCCAGUGGACUCACAGACGCUGUGGCGUACCUCAUACGAGAAGGAAGCCUUGAUAUGGAGGAUCGAUCGUGUCUCAAUGCGACCCCGUUAUUCUGGGCUUGCGGUUAUAAACACAAGGAAAUUGUUAAAUUACUCGUUGACAAUGGAGCAGACAUCAAUGCAAGAUGCGGCAACGGUCAAGUACCACUGCACAUCAGUGCACAGGAUGAGAGCGGCGCAAUCGCGGAAAUUCUUAUUUCGAGAGGCGCAGAUGUCUCAGUGGUCGACGAAGAUAGAGAAACUCCGCUUAACACCGCUUCAAUCAGUGGCAAUACAGAGGUGGCGCGGCAGCUUAUCGACAGUGGAGCUGAUAUGUCACACGAAACAGCAGAUGGCUUCACACCACUCUCGAUGGCUUCUCAGGAAGGACAUAUUGAAUUGGCCAACCUUCUUAUUAAAAAGGGUGCGGAUGUCAGUCAGGUUCCGGCCGACGGCCAUCCCCCGCUUCUUCUGAGCGUGUGGUACAACCACCUAGAACUUGCCGAGCUACUGAUAGAUGAAGGUGCGGAACUCACAGAGUAUAAAGUUGAGGACCAGGUUUUCUCAUUACUUGCUGUAGCGGCCGGUAAAGGACAUCUCAAAAUGGUGAAGACCCUGAUCAGCAAAGGGUUUAAUCCGACGGAGGCCCAGCCAUUACUUCUAGCUGCCUCCUAUGGUUGCUACGGGGGAUUCUCAAGUGAUUUCAACGUAAAAGACGCUGACGAAUCGCCUGAUUUCCCUCGCUCAGAUUAUCACCAGGUACUAGAACUGCUACUCCAAAGCGGCGCUGAUGUGAACACCAGUGACGUGCACGGUUACACGCCACUCUUUGUGGCUUCAUUCUACGGCUGUAUCAGCGUAGCGGAGAUGCUAAUACAGAACGGCGCUGGCUUAAAUGCCAAAACAGUCUCUGGAGCGACACCACUUCAGGCUUCCUCCGCAAGCGGGCAUUUACGAGUAACACAGCUUCUGGUCCAACACGGAGCUGAUGUCGCAACUAAAGACAAUUGUGGCCGCAAUCCUUUACAUAGUGCCUGUCGGUCAGGAGUUCUCGAGCUUGUCAAAUUCAUUAUAAAUGUAUCCCAAACGCAGGCCCUUGAUGAGGCUGACCACUGGGGCUCCACACCUUUGUCCGUUGCAGCAAGAUUUGGCAGUGUUGGCAUCGUCGGGGCACUUAUUGGUACAGGCGCUGUAGAGGUCGAAUCCAGCGAUAGGUUCGGCAGGACAGCGACAACGUGGGCGGCGAACCUCGACCAUAACGCAGUUUCGAGGCUACUAGCUAGAGCAGAUGGAUAUCGAGACCUGGGAACUGAUAUCGAGGAGGAGGAUGCUGUCCAAGAACAGAGUCGAGAGGCUCAGGGACGAUGGCCUUGA